AUGUCUGCCAUGCAGGUCAAACUCCCAGAUGAACAAAACAAACCAGGCUUGAGAGAUAUUUUCAUCGAAACCUUCAGAUACUGGCGUCACGUCUGCAGAGGUGCUCCUGGGAGCAGGAAAGCCGUUCAUCCCGUUUCCCGAGUAUACGGUCAACGCAUCGCGAGAUUGUCGGACACCGGAGCCCAUGUUUGGCUUGAUGGCAAAUUACGAGCGGGAAUCCCAUUUGUGAUUCGCGGGUUGAAGACACCGGAGAACCCAUGGGAUGAUACUACCUGGUACCAUGAUCUCUUAGACACUCUUUCGGCCACGAGAGAAUCGCUCCGAAGUUUAUACGCCAAGGAUCUACAAUGCCCGGAGGAUUGGGCUCGUAGAUUGGACUCUGUUCUACAAUCAUCUUUUAGACACCGGGGUACUCUUGAUAUGUUCCGCUUACUGCCGGAAGAAAUCGCUCCGGAAGGUUUGAUGGCACAUGUCGGUACACGGAACUCGUUCUCUGGUUUUAACCGAUGCUUCAGCGGGACAGUUGCGCUGAACCUUCUGAUACAAUCCGAGGACAGAUAUGCUCAGCCUAAGUAUGAUGCUUUCAUGGAAGAGCUGAGGAAAUCACCUCACACGGACUGGGCGAAUCUCACAGUCACCCAGCUACGUCGUGCCAAAUUUCCUAUCUAUGUCACGGACCGACAUCCUGGAGACUUGGUGAUCUUUCCUCCUGCCACUGCUCAUCAAGUCUGGAACGUUAAUCCAUUGGUCACCAAGCUGGUUUGGACUAUAAUGCAUAACCCGGGCCGGGUGUCCCUCAUCCCCCUGCAUGCAUUGGAGAGUCGCCACUGGCGGCCAGGAGAUAUUUAUUUCUUUCUGAGUCUCUUUCUGCAGAUGUAUGAAGAAGAAGAUAUUGAAAAUGAGUUGGGUGUACAGAUAGAACUCAUAGACACUCAGGGUGCAGUGGUCGAAUGCAGCUUUUGUGGCUUGACGAUCUGGAAUCGUCAUCUACAUUGUGAGCAAUGUGGAGAUUUCGACUUGUGUCUGCGGUGCUUCGUGUCUGGACGAAGCUGUAAGCACCCUCGCAGUUACACGUGGGCCGAAUUACUUCCACGAGACUACUGCGAGAAUAUCAUCAGCAGUGCCCUGAACAAGCUAGGUCGUCGACUGCCUCCAAUUCCCCUGCGCACAAAGCAACUGUCUCCAAGUCCACCGCCCACAACUAAGGCGAAGCCUGUGCGAGUCCGGGUGAAGCCACUUGACAAGCGAAGACGCAUCGGCUUUUUCUUGAUAAUGUAUUUGACCGGAGGAGAUGCAAAAGAGCGGCCCAGAUCGCAUGGACACAGCCAAGAACUACCAAAGAGUGGAAAGAGGCUCAAGACAGAUUCCAACGAGAACGAGCUUGUGGAACGACAACAGACUGAUGGUUCUCAUGCUUUCAUCGACCGUCCGAAGUACGAGCCAAGGGUUUCUCAGCAGGCCAAUAUCUCGACUCCAAUCAGAGAAUGCCCAGCAGAUCAAGCAGAAUUAUUUUCUCGGAGAAGUCAAGAUGCAAAGGGUCAGUUUCGUAUCAGUGACCCCGUGGAAGACCGACAUCGGGACGAAAUGCGACAGACUCCUCGAGCCUUGAUCAAAAGCGGUUCCUCUAUAGCGUCUACGACUUCAGAGGACAACACAUACGCCUCUAGAAGAGAUGUCAGCAUCGCUGCCCUCGAGAGAAAAAUGGCAUCGCUCGUUGAUUCGCAUGCGAAGCUCCUUAAAAAGGUUGCCAAGAUGCAGAGGCAAGUGGAAGAACAGAAGCGAAGCAAAGCUGAGGCACUGUUAAACAAUCUCUAUCGAGAUUCUCCUCAUCUGGCUGAUAUCGUUCGUGAGGAGGCGCGACGACGAGGGUUCUAG